UUUGCCAGCCUACAUCUGCAAGGGAGUUGCAGAAAAGCCUCAUGUUCAUCGAGCCGUUGGGGCAAGAAAAGGUUUUCCCUUUAAACUUUUAGAGGCUUGGACCGCAGGAGGGGUACUGAAUGGGAGAGAUCUCGCAGUGUGUAUAAAUUAACCUUUUACUUUAGUUUUGGAUUUGCUUCCUUUUUUAUCUUUUAAUCUUGUCUUGGUUGUAGUUAUGUGUGUUAUAUCAUUCAGCAUUUCUCUUUGUGCUCCCCAGCACAACUGUUAAAAUGACUCACUAAAACAUGAAAUUCCCCUCUGAUCUUAAUACAUGUACCUUUUUUGCUCAGUUGGUUGAUAACUUAUUAUACAAUGCAUCAGGGCUGGGUGAUGCAUAUUUAAAUAUUUUUUUGGCAAUAAGUCCGUAGAAUGUGUCAGUGGACAAGUUUCUUGAAAGUUCAUGAUGUUUGUAUUUUCAUGUGGCUUUUUUACACAUAAAUGUUAUAUGUAGGUAGAAUAGGUUUAACUUGUCAUGGCAAAGAGCCACUACAAUUAGGUAGGUAGGUACACAUUGCGAUUUUUUUUUACUAUAUAUAUUGUAAUGUUACAUAUAUGAAUAAAUAUAUUGUUAAAAAGUAAAUAAAUAUAAAUAUUCAAAUGUACUUCUUAUGUAAAGUAAUUUUAAUGUUGAUUUUCAUAUCCCCCAGCUCUAAUGCACACACAACUCUGUAGAAAUACACACAACCAAUUUAUAUGGAGACCAGUCAAUCUCAGUGACAAGCCUCUUAGGCUGGUCCAGAAUCAGUUGUUGCCACCACUUUCAGACAGUCUUAUUCAAAUGGCAGUAAAAGAAACAGGCCCUGUUUCUCCACAAAAGAAGAUCUUUACUGUAUAACUUGAAGACUGUGCAGAGAUGAUAUCAGACUUAUUAUUGUAAAAAAAAGAAUACAGCUGAGAAAUCAUGAUUUUACUACUGGCACAGACAGAACUUUGACACUUGGGUGCUAAGUUAGCAGUUUUUAGCGCCGCAGUGUGUGUGUGAGACUCGUAGAAGUGUGCGUGCAGUCUCAUUCAAUGUCAAUCAUGUGCUCUGUCCUUGCAGGAGAUGAAUCGAGACAGCGAGUUAAAUUCACAGACGAGCGUGUCUGCAAAUCACACCUCCUUAACUGCUGCCCGCAUGACAUCCUCUCUGGAACGCGCAUGGACCUUGGGGAAUGCUCCAAGAUACAUGACCUGGCACUGAGAGCAGAUUAUGAGAUCGCCUCUAAAGAGAGAGACCUGUUCUUCGAGCUCGACGCGGUUGAUCACCUUGAGUCGUUUAUUGCCGAUUGUGACCGCAGGACCGAGUUGGCCAAGAAGCGUCUCGCUGAGACACAAGAGGAGAUCAGCGCUGAGGUUGCUGCAAAGGCCGAAAAGGUUCACGAGUUAAACGAGGAAAUUGGGAAACUCCUUGCAAAAGCUGAGCAGCUCGGCGCUGAAGGAAAUGUGGACGACGCCCAGAAAAUUCUGCAGGAGGUGGAGAAAGUCAGAGCUAAAAAGAAAGAUGCAGAGGAGGAGUACAGGAACUCUAUGCCUGCCUCCAGUUUUCAGCAGCAGAAGUUACGUGUGUGUGAGGUGUGCUCCGCUUACCUGGGUCUACAUGACAACGACCGGCGUCUCGCUGACCACUUUGGUGGCAAACUGCACCUGGGCUUCAUCCAGAUCAGAGAGAAGCUGGAGCAGCUAAAGAAAACUGUGCAGGAAAAACAGGAGAAACGAAACCAGGAGCGACUGCGGAGAAGAGAAGAAAGGGAGAGAGAGGAGAGAUUGAAAAAGAGGACCAAGUCACGCAGUCGAGAGCGCAAGAGGUCUCGUGAGCGCGAUCGAGAGCGCAGACGCAAACGUUCCCGCUCUGCAUCACGGGAGCGCCGCAGGUCCCGCUCUCGCUCAAGAGAGCGCGACAGACGCCGGAGGCACAGAUCUCGCUCCAAUUCCCGAUCACGCCACAGCCGAGAGGAUUCACACAAGUCUUCACGGGACCGAGAUCGUGAAAGGGACAGCAAGCACAGUUCAUCUGAGCGGAGAUCAGACGGGCUAAAUGGAAGGACAGAUUCUCGCCGCCAUGACGACAGAGAGGCUGGAGAAAUCUGAUUCAUCUCAUUCUAUCACAAACACAAUACAUGCCGUUCUCCAACGUUAAACCCACUUUUAUUUAUCCCAUUGACCUUUGUCUGUAAAAAACUGCCUGUUAUGCUUCCUUAAAAUCAUUGUAGUCUUUUCUAUGUCAGUCCAAUGAGAUUUGGUCUGUCUUAUCCACUGUACAGCAAAUGAAAUGACAUUAGUGGCCAGAGUUUUCAAAGAUUUUUUUGUUAAUCUUUCUACAACAGUGUACACGACCACAUCAUUUUUUCUCUGCCUUUAAUGUAUCUCUAAUGAUUGUUUUUUAUUUGUUUGGCUUUGUGUCCUGAGUGGAUGUGGGCAUGUUUUGCAGGAAGCUUGUUUUACAUUUAAACUCACCUCGGAACAGUUUUCCCUGUCUUUGAAUAUAGCUGCAGUAUUCCCCAAACAGAGAUACUGAGCCUGUUCACUCAGUAGCACACGAGUAGAAAUGUAAUAAAUUUCAAGGCAUCUUUCACUGCAUUUUGUUUCAGAUUUUCCAAUGUAUAUGAUAUUUUAUAAUGCUGUUUUGCGUCAUGUUGUCCUUAUCAAAGUGCAUUAAAUGGUUUUAUGAAUA